AUGAACGAUAAUGAGAUAAAAAUUGCAUGUCUAGGAUCAAACAAAGACAAAAUACCAAAUACUUCAAUUACAACACAAUCUCAUUAUGUGUUUAAUGAACAAGAAACGCAAGCUUUUAAAAUCAAAUAUGACGACCCAAGAAACGACGUCUUGAUUUUUGUGGUAUUGGGCAUGUUGCUGGUGAUGAACAAAAAAAUGAGCGGACUUUCCAACACCGCUUCAACAACUGCAUUUCGACGUCUGAGCGCAAAAUGUGGAAUCUCAAUAUCAAGCGCAAAAGUAGGUGGCAAACAAAAAGCUUCCGGUCGUGGUAUUUCUAUCAUUCCUGGGAGAAAUGUGAACGAGCAGUUUGUUGGUGUGGACGCGGUAGAGGAAACUGAUUCCGUAUCUGAGGAGUUAUUGUUCUUGUUGAUAUCGAUGCUGUCGCUUGGACCAAAGCCAGAGCUGUUGACGAUAAAUCCGCUUGUUGAAGACAUUUUUAUGGUUUAG